GAAAACAACAAGUUUUUUUUAGUUUUCUCAAAAAAAGUGCAUUUUUCAGAUAGGAGGUUUUGUUCUUCGGCCAUCGAUAUCAAAGACACCUCCUUUCCCAUACAAUGAAUGAAUGAAUGAGUGAAUGAAUGAAUGAAUGAAUGAAUGAAUGAAUGUGAAUGAGCUUUGUAGAGGAAGCAAAAAUGUAUUUGUUACAAAACUCACACUGGUCAGUUUCAAAUAUGGAAAAGUGACCAAUCUGUUUUUGUUGGGCUUUUUUGGACCAACCGAAAUUUUAAAAAUGUCUUUUGAUAUGAGACCAUUUUCAUAGAUUUCAUGUCAGGAAGUUUCCACUUUUGCCGAAUGGAAGAAUCAGAUGAAGAAAGAGGAAAAAAAGAGAUCAGUUGCUAAGACAACUUCAGCCACUGACCCCCAAAAGAUAUUGUAGAACUGUCACAUCCAUAACAUUGUUAGUAUUUAUAAUGUAUGUAUGUUCACCAAAAUUGAACACAUUACACAACUCCUCUCCAACAGUCUGCAGUUUGUGACUAUCUUGCUCUACCCUGAUGAAGGUAAGAUAGCCAAAAACCUUUGGAGUGAGAAGUGUGGUAUGGAAAAGAAUUAAAAGAGUUGCACAAUCCAGCCAGCAAACAAUGCACAGUGCACACGUUUCAUAAAACACUACAUUAAGUAGUCUGUGGAGCACAAAUCAGUAUAUGUUGAAAGUGUGGUGCUGUAUAAAGUGGAAUGUCGGCCUAUUCUCUAAUACGACUUAUGUAAAUCUCUGACAAAACCAAAUUGCAUAACUUUUCCCCCAAAAGCUUCUUUGUCUCCAGUUCAUUAUUUUCUCAGUAAAGGCCAUGUCUGCCUCAGGCCAGCUGUAAUUUGAUUAAUCCACAGAAAGGGUAGCCAGACGCAGUGCUGUGGAUUCUGCAGAGAGACGGAUCGAACAGCUUUUGAAGAGAUGGAGACUUUAGUUUUUUUGUUUUCAUUUUCUGCCCUUGGCAUUCUUUAUGCCAUGAACACCAUCCCUGAAUUUCAAGAGCCUUAUGUGAUCCUGGAGAUUGGCGUUGCUGUUUUGGUGGUUGUGUUUCUGUUCUACUUCCUCAUCACUCGUGGCAACCCACCCAAAGACGUCUUAUUCUUUGUUUUUGCUGAAUUUUCCUUUACUUGUGUCAUUGACCUGGUGAGUGCCUUGGAGUACGAUGGCAUUAUCUCUGGCUUUAUGGAAUUCUAUCAGAAGACGGGUGAGCCUUACCUGGGGACAGCCUAUGCCAUCAUGAUGUGUUACUGGGAUGGAAUAGCACACUUUAUCAUGUACCUGGCGAUGAUCAGCAGGAUAACAGACAGGAAAGCUUACCGUACGCUGGGCUUGUUCUGGGCUGGCUCUUUGUGUGCCAACAUGAGUGUGUUUAUUGCCGGGAUAGUGGCAGGUAAAUAUGGGUCAGAGAUCCGUCCAGCCUUCUGGCUCAACUUCCUCUUCCUUUUGAUGCCUGUACUGGGAGCAGUCACACUGUUCACAAGGCCCAAGGACAGACCACUAAUCGGUGGAUACAAUGCUAUGCAUGUUCAGACCAUGAAGCUGAUCUGGCGCCCCAUGGAUCUGAUCCUGGUGGUGCUCCUGUUAGCUGCCAUGGCCUUCACCAUCCUCAGAGGCUUGGUGGCUCUGGAUUCUCCACUAGAAGCCUGUUCUGUCUACUUGAAGCAUUAUGAACCCUACCUGAAGGAUCCCGUGGGCUACCCCAGAGUUAUGAUGCUGCACUUGUUCUUCUAUGGACUACCCCUGAUGGGUGCGUUUGUUUACGGUCUCCUCAAACCCGGGUGCACCUGGAUGUCAGACUGGACCAUGUUCUUAGCUGGAGCCAUGAUCCAGUGCCAGUGGGCCCACAUCGGGGGGUCCCUCCAUCCCCGUACCACAGCUCCAUAUCGUAUCCCAAAUGAGGCUUUCUGGUGCGUGUUGACAGCUAACUUGCUCUACGCGGCCACUCCCAUCCUGGUGGCCUUGCGGGUUCACAGUAACCCCUAUUUCUUCCUGAAGAUCGCCCCCUUUCCUGGGCAGACAGGUUUGCCAAACAGUGAGGAGAAAGAUACCAAGUACAAAGAGAAAUAGUCAUUCUUAAUUUUCCCUGACCUUUGAAUUGAAUUACUUAUCAGAUGAUUCAUGAAAAAUGUGCCAAAAUACAAAUUAUUUUA